AUGAAAGAAAAUGGAGAAUGGGUCGGCCAAGACAUUGUUCGUUUAAAACUGGUCACAUCUAUGAUAAACGCAACUUACAAAAUAAUUGAACCUCCAGAACACACCUACUUCACAGGGGCUUACGAAGAUGCAAUGAGUGAUGUUACGGACUUGUGUUUCAUAAGCCAUUACUACAUGAACAACUUGUACCAAGACGCUGAAUACACUUAUCCUCACGAAACGAACCAAAUUUCUGUUGUUAUCCCAGUACAAGAAGAAGAAUUCACUCUUCGUAAACACUUAUCCAGUUUUGAUUUCUCGCUCCGCAUUUUAUUGCUAACAACUGUAUUAACAAUACCUUUGGUAACAAACCUGGCAAGACACCCCAGACAACAAACUUACGUUGUAAUUCUGCUCCGUUGUGUUAACACCGUUUUCGGAAACCCGUUCAUUCACUUCGACCACCAAGAAUUCAUAAUUAAAAUCCAACUCGUUUUAUUUUUCUUCGGAUGUAUUAUAUUCAGAACGGCGUUUCAAAGCUCCCUUGUUAGUUCGUUAGUAACACCAAAGCCAUCCGAAGAAAUUGCAACGAUUUCGGAACUGCGUAACACCAACCUGAAGAUUUUAACGUCAAAAUCAUUAGCUGAUGUUAUCCCUCAAGAUUACGGUUUGUGUGAUAAAAUCACGAUCAUUACUCCACGUGAAAGACUCAAGAAAUUAUACAGUUUGGACACACGGACGGCUUACAUUAUCGUUACAACCUUUGCGGACACUUUCAUAGAAACGUUAAAAAGCAAAUAUGAAAGACCACCGUUUUAUGUGAUGAAAGAAAAGCUGGUUCCGAGUAUCAACACUUACAUUUUGCAGCGACAUUCACCUUAUAUGCGAAAAUUGAGCAAUUGUUUAUUGAGACAAGUGCAAUAUGGUUUAUCGGAAAUGAGAGAAUAUGAGACAAGGGUGAAAGAAAUAAGCGACAGUCAAAUAGUGUUAGGAAUGCAGCAUCUGCAAAGCAUUUUUUAUUUGUAUUUAAUGGGAUUGUGUUGUAGUACAUUAGUGUUUCUAAUCGAAAUUGGGUACAGUUGGCUAUGUAACAACACAGUGGCGUAG